AUGCUCAGUGAGCACCAAUCCCUCAAUGCUGCCCUUGCUUCUAGGCGGUUGCGUAAAGAUGCUAAAGAGAUUGACGAGCAGGGAAAUACUCUCAUGACCCCUCGCUAUCUCAAACAGUUAUGCAAGGAACAAAAACUUUAUCAGACACCAGAGCUUAAUGAUAUCAUUUACUUGCACUUUAAAGGAUUCGCUAAAAUCGAGAAUCUAAAUGCCUACUAUGGUCUCAAAAGUCUAUGGUUAGAAGGAAAUGGCAUUGGAAAAAUUGAAAAUAUCGAUAAGCUUACCGAACUUCGAUGUCUAUUUUUACAACAAAACUGCAUCGAUUGCAUUGAGAAUCUUGACCAGUUGCAAAGACUCGACACUUUGAAUCUAUCCAACAAUCUGAUUAAAAAUCUAUCCAAUCUUGAUAUGCUACGUGCAUUAAAAACCCUUCAAGUGUCACACAACUUUUUACAAAGCGCUCAAAACAUUGAGAUUUUGGCUCAUUGUCCUUCGUUGACUGUUUUAGAUUUAAGCAAUAAUAAGCUGGAAGAUGUAGCCAUUGUGGAUAUUUUGGAACAGAUGCCUAACCUGGCUGUGCUUAAUCUUAUGGCAAACCCAGUUAUUCGAUCCAUCCAAAGCUAUCGUCGUACCAUGAUUUCCCGAUGCAAGAGUCUAACAUAUUUAGAUGAUCGCCCGGUGUUUGCCAAGGAGCGUCUUUCAACUGAAGCCUGGGCUAUUGGAGGUGUAGAUGCCGAGCGUGCUGAGCGCGAAAGGCAGCGUCAAGAAGAAAUCGAAGCCCAAAACCGCAACUUUGAAGCAAUGCAACAAAUGAAACUCCGUGGCCAGCAAAAAAGGCUCGAAGCAUACGGACCCGAAACGUCUGAUCCUUCUUUUCCACCACUUUUGGAAAAAAUGCGAGAUGACAUGCUCAAUAUAAUUGAUGAUACAUCUUCCACUGAAGAUACUGUUCCUACAAUUACAACUGUAGUUCACAAUCAUACUGACGAGAUGAAUGAUCAAAUGUCUGACCAAGUUGCAACUCCUGUGUUGAUUGAUCACUCGGCUAAUAUACUUGAGGAGGUUGAGCAGACCAUUGAGGAAAGUAUCUACCCAGUGGAAUGCAGUCUUCCAAUUUUAGAAAACAAGCAUCAAAACAUUGAUUUGAGCGAGUCUAUAAUUGGUUGCUCACCUUCCCGAGUAUUGAUUCAAGAGAUUUGUGAUUCUGAUGCUCGGAACUCGUCCGAGAUUGACACAUCUCACGAUAUGCACGUAAAAAUCGAACCAGUUGAACAGCAAUGUUCUAGUGUAUGCUUGAUGAAUCAGCUUGCACAUACUACGCUAAAAGAGCAUGAGCCCGUUGGCGAAAUUGCAACCGUUUGUAAGCCCCUCAUUGAAGAAUGUGUGGAUCUGGAGGAAAUCAAUCUUGCAGUUUGUGACGACUCUCUAGCCAAUACGGAUGCAGCAGGCGUUGUAUCUGAUGCACUAAAACCUACUGACGAACACAUGGACUUUACAAGUGAAGACACGCUCGUGUGUAUCGAUGCAGUCUCGAAUGAAUCAGUUAAAAGGCAAAGUUUAAGUCCACGGGUUGACAAGCGACAAUUUGCAUGGGUUGAGCCCGAUAUCCCAUUGGAGUAAUUUAUCCAAACGAUUUGAAAUUACCCUGCAACCAAGGCUACCAACAAGGGGAUGAAAAUGGAUAUAUAAAAUAAAAUGAGAGAUUUCCAGCAACUAUCAA